AUGCUAGUGACAAUUCGAACUCUAAAUGCUCAGAGGAAGGUAAAAGUGCAAACCGCCGAGGAGCUUGACAGCAAAAUCAAGGAAAUAUACAAAACAGAACAAUAUCAAUUGUAUUCCGAUCUUGACAAAACCGUACAGAUAGAGUUGCAAGAUAUUAAAGAUAAAAUGACAGUAUACAUGGCAUAUGAUAUGGGAGAAAUCCAGGAAUAUAAGCCAGAGAUAACAUGCACCCAUAGCCCUGAUGCUGUGUGUCCAAAGUGUGUAGAUCUUGACAGAUCUGACAGAGUUGUUGAGCCAGAUAAGAAAGUAAAAUACCUAAGCCAUGGGAGUUAUUUACAAACACUCAAGGAUCGUAGUAUGAAUGAGGAGGUGUUUGACUAUGAGACAAAGAUCUGUGAUCAGCACCCGUCAAAUCAAAAAUGUUCAAAGUGUAUGGAAAAGACAAUUACUCUUAUGGGACAACAAUACAGAUACAUUGAUUAUGUUGAGUUUGAUUCAAAGUCUAUUGUUGAGAACUUCAUCAAUCGUUUUAAGGAAACACACAGACAGAAAAUAGGAUUAUUAGUAGGAAGAUACGCUGAAUACUCGGAUGUGCCUAUGGGGAGAAAAGCCGUGGUUUCAGGAAUAUGGGAAAUAGAACAGGAAUGUUUUCCAGACGGGGCAGUUUUAACUGACAUUCCCACCAAAUUCUUUACUGAAGAGCUUAAGAUUCUUGGAGUAAUUUAUACUGACCUUAUAUUUAAAAAUGGUGAAAUAUGUUCACAUAAGAGAAUGGGGAACUACAUAGUUUCCACGGUUGAACUGUCGUUUAUUAAUUUUUUAAGAGAAAAGCUUGACAAUAAAGCCUUAUUUGGUGUUUGUGUUGCUGCCAAUGAUGAAAAGCAGGUAAUUACAGAGAUUUUUAUGGUUUCUGAACAGUUUGCGGCCUUGAGCAAAGCCAACGCCAUUUCACUAACCACGGAUCCCACGAAAUUCAAGGCUAAUAGGGAAAUAGUCUAUUGUGUUAUUGAUGAAUAUGGCAACAAGGUUUCCAAAGAGGCAGAUCCAUUUUUUCCAGUGUACUACUUUAUUGUCAAGUGUGAAAAUGGAUUCAAAGAAAACCCACUGUUCAUACACAACAUUGAAAUUAAAAAACCUACGCUAAAGAAGCUUUCUGGGUAUUUUGGUAAUGACUUUAGAAUAAACAAAUUGAAAAACUUCAGCAUUCUAACUUCGCUUGCAAAGUAUAUCCCCAAUAAUAUUCUCGGUGAACUCAUUGAGUCAGUUAUUAGAAAUGAUCAAGUAUUACUUAAUAGUGUUGUCCAUUCUAAAGAUUUCAUAAGCUUUAAGAAUGAACUUGGCAAAUAUGACAUUAAAACCUGGAACUGCAGUGCAUGUACGUAUUUAAACCAGCCAUUCAACACUUUGUGUGAAAUGUGUGGUACGUCCAAAGAAUGA